ACGCGAGGAGGGGAGGAUGUGAGGAGGGACGGCCGGGAGGACUCCGAAGCUAAGCUGUUCAGUGCUAGCAGGCGUCCUGGCCGGUUUGAGGGAGUAGAGGCUCCGUCUUCCCUUCCUCCGCCCUCGAAAGUCAACUUCGCCGCUCCGCCCGCGGAGUCUGCGGGCGGCGCGGGCCGGCGUCAGGGCUUGUCUGCCUCCUCCGGCGUGGGGCCUGGGCACCAUGGACGCGACGGCGCUGGAGCGGGACGCCGUGCAGUUCGCGCGGCUGGCGGUGCAGCGCGACCACGAAGGCCGCUACUCUGAGGCGGUGUUCUACUACAAGGAAGCUGCACAAGCCUUAAUUUAUGCUGAGAUGGCAGGAUCCAGCCUAGAACGGAUCCAAGAAAAGAUCAGUGAAUAUCUGGAAAGAGUCCAAGCUCUGCACUCUGCAGUUCAGUCAAAGAGUGCUGAUCCUUUGAAAUCAAAACAUCAGUUGGAUCUGGAGCGUGCCCAUUUUCUUGUUACGCAAGCCUUUGAUGAGGAUGAAAAGGGAAAUGUGGAAGAUGCCAUAGAAUUAUAUACAGAAGCUGUGGAUCUCUGUCUAAAAACCUCUUAUGAAACUGCUGAUAAGACUCUGCAAAAUAAAUUGAAACAGUUGGCUCGACAGGCACUAGAUAGAGCAGAAGCAUUGAGUGAACCUUUGACAAAGCCAUUUUGCAAACUCAAAUCAACAAAUAUGAAAGUGAAGACUGCCCCCGUAAGAACACAUUUUCCUCUGGGACCUAAUCCUUUCCUUGAAAAGCCUCAGCCAUUUAUAAGUCCACAAUCAUGUGAUGCCCAAGGACAGAGAUACACAGCAGAAGAAAUAGAAGUACUCAGGACAACAUCAAAAAUAAAUGGAAUAGAAUAUGUUCCUUUCAUGAGUGUUGAUCUGAGGGAACGUUUUGCUUAUCCAAUGCCUUUUUGUGAUAGAUGGGGCAAGCUUCCAUUAUCACCUAAACAAAAAACUACAUUUUCUAAAUGGGUACGACCAGAAGAUCUCACCAACAAUCCUACAAUGAUAUACACUGUAUCCAGUUUUAGUAUAAAGCAGACAAUAGUAUCAGAUUGUUCCUUUGUGGCUUCAUUGGCUAUCAGUGCAGCUUAUGAGAGACGAUUCAAUAAGAAGUUGAUUACCAGCAUAAUUUAUCCACAGAAUAAGGAUGGAGAACCAGAGUACAAUCCCUGUGGAAAGUAUAUGGUAAAACUUCACCUCAAUGGUGUCCCAAGGAAGGUGAUAAUUGAUGAUCAGCUACCUGUUGAUCAUAAAGGAGAAUUGUUGUGUUCUUAUUCCAACAAUAAAAGUGAAUUAUGGGUGUCACUUAUAGAGAAAGCAUACAUGAAAGUUAUGGGAGGAUAUGAUUUCCCAGGAUCCAACUCAAAUAUUGAUCUGCAUGCACUGACUGGGUGGAUACCAGAGAGGAUUGCGAUGCAUUCAGAUAGCCAGACCUUCAGUAAGGAUAAUUCAUUCAGAAUGCUUUAUCAAAGAUUUCACAAAGGGGAUGUCCUCAUCACUGCAUCAACUGGAAUGAUGACUGAAGCGGAAGGGGAGAAGUGGGGCCUGGUUCCCACACAUGCAUAUGCUGUUUUGGAUAUUAGAGAGUUCAAGGGCCUGCGAUUUAUCCAGUUGAAAAACCCUUGGAGCCAUUUACGCUGGAAAGGAAGGUACAGUGAAAAUGAUGUGAAAAACUGGACCCCAGAAUUGCAAAAGUAUUUAAACUUUGAUCCUCGAACAGCUCAGAAAAUAGAUAAUGGAAUAUUUUGGAUUUCCUGGGAUGAUCUUUGCCAGUAUUAUGAUGUAGUGUAUUUGAGUUGGAAUCCAGCUCUUUUUAAAGAAUCAACUUGCAUUCACAGUUCUUGGGAUGCUAAACAAGGACCUGUGAAAGAUGCUUAUAGCCUGGCCAACAAUCCCCAGUACAAACUGGAGGUGCAGUGUCCACAAGGGGGUGCUGCAGUUUGGGUUUUGCUUAGUAGACACAUAACAGACAAGGAUGACUUUGCAAAUAACCGUGAGUUUAUCACAAUGGUUGUGUACAAGACUGAUGGCAAGAAAGUUUAUUACCCAGCUGACCCACCUCCAUACAUUGAUGGGAUUCGGAUCAACAGUCCUCAUUACCUGACUAAGAUAAAGCUGACCACGCCCGGGACUCACACCUUUACCUUAGUGGUUUCUCAGUAUGAGAAACAGAACACAAUUCAUUACACAGUCCGGGUAUAUUCAGCGUGCAGCUUUACUUUUUCGAAGAUCCCUUCACCAUAUACCUUAUCAAAACGGAUUAAUGGAAAGUGGAGUGGUCAGAGUGCCGGAGGAUGUGGAAAUUUUCAGGAGACUCACAAAAAUAACCCCAUCUACCAAUUCCAUAUAGAUAAAACUGGACCGUUACUGAUUGAACUGCGAGGACCAAGGCAAUACAGUGUUGGAUUUGAGGUGGUAGCAGUUUCCAUAACGGGAGAUCCUGGUCCUCAUGGCUUUCAGAGGAAAUCUAGUGGUGACUAUAGGUGUGGAUUUUGCUACUUAGAAUUGGAAAAUAUACCUGCUGGAAUCUUUAAUAUCAUCCCAAGUACUUUUUUGCCUAAACAAGAAGGACCUUUUUUCUUGGACUUUAAUAGUACUGUCCCCAUCAAGACAACACAACUCCAGUGAUAGAGAAAUCUCAGCUAUUACUGGAUUCUAUAUUUUGCAGUCAUUGGCUCUUCAGACAGAGACAAAUUAUGAUGGUAAACCAUCAGAAUGGAAUUCAAUCAAAGACAUGUUACAGUGAAAUCUGGUACUUGUCAUGCUGUUUGCUAAGAACUGUACAUAAAAUUACCUUAAUCUUAUGAGUACUGUUUACAUGGUUUUGUGCAUACAGAGUUGGCAUGUAUUUAGGGGCUAACUUUGUAUAAAAACUAUAUAUGAUUACAGAUUAGAUUCAGCUAUCACUGUGAGAUGCUUUUGCUAACAGGACAAAGGAACUGAAACAAGAUGAGGACAAGGGCCACAGAUCCACUGAAUGCAAGAGCCGGCUAUUUUAGUAUCUUGAAAUACGUACAUUAUGUUUCCCAUUUUUUACAGAGCACGUAAGUUUAAGCUGUUCAUGUUGAAUCCCACCAUAUAUCUGAGGCAACUAAUUACCAAAUGAAUCAUGCCAUUAUAACUAAUUUGAAUUUUUCAUUGUGUGUUUAAAUGUUUGUUGCCUAGAUGUUAUGAAAGAAUAAAGCUUUAAAAAGUACCAUUUAGCUUAGCAUGAAGAUGCUCAGGCUUAAGAAUGAAGGUUCUCAGUGUUAGAUAAAUCAUUCAUUGUAGAGAGAGAACAGAGGUAUAUUUAUUGCCAUUUUUUAAUUCUUAGCAGGUUGGUGAAAUGUAGUAAUCUGAGACUGGAAAUGUUAAAGUUUAGUGUAUAGAGUUUUAAACCUGCUCCAUAGUUGGUGCUUUCAUAACAGGAAUUUGGAGAGUCCUUGAGACUUUAGUAUGUGGUGAUCGAGUUAUACAGCAUUCAUAAAAAGUGAGUUACCAGGAAUUAGUGUUGUGUAAAUUCCCAUUUGUUUACAUAACAAUACAGAAUGAUGCUCAAGAUUUUAAAAUUCUGAAAAACAGGAUGGGAUCUGUUAUUGUCUCUACUUUAUAAUUAUCAAAACUAUUUCUACUGCCUUUAAUUGAAAUAAAAUAUUUAUACUUAUGGAAACUA